AUGGCUGAACAAAACGUGGCUAUAAUUGGCUGUGGCGCGUCUGGUUUAACUAGCAUUAAAUGCUGCCUAGAUGCUGGCCUGAAACCUACAUGCUUUGAACAACAAUCUACUUUUGGAGGCGCAUGGAAUUACACCGACGAGCCUCGACAGAAUUUAGCAUCGGUCCACAAAAGCACUGUUACAAAUACGAGCCAAUUAGUAACAGGAUUUUCCGAUUUUCCUAUGCCUAAGGAAUUUCCUAAUUAUUUACCUCAGAGGUUAGUGCGAGAGUAUUUCGAAAUGUACGCAAAGGAAUUUAAUUUGGCGAAGUAUGUCGAGUUUAAUACGGAGGUUGUAAAGUUGGAGCGGAGCGCGGAUCACGGAGACACGGGAAAAUGGGUGGUUUCUACCAG